GAGCCCAGCAACGACACUCGUCAGGUGAACUAAACCUUGUAGAUACCAUGAUCUCCGUCUACUCUGUGCUCUAUACUCUGGUGCUCUUCUCAGAGCUGAGCAGCCACUUGGUCACUGUAGCCAUGCCUGCGACUAAAGUAGAAGACGGCGUAAUGGAGCAAGAUGGCCUGUUCCUGGGGGACGAGCUCAUGACUGAGCCCGCCGUGGUUCCCCCCGCGUACAGACGACACCUCGUGCUGAACACCAACGUGAGGGAUGAAGAUGGGAGUCCUAAGAUCAUCAUCGUCUCAGACAUGGGGCUGAAAGGACACAGCAGUCGUGGGAUGAACCCAGCCGUCGCCCGGAGCCUUCCUCUGCUCACAGACCAGAGCUUGAGCCACGCUGCCGCUGAGCACAGUUUGACAAUUGACCGCAGAAACACUGACCUCGACAUGCUGCGGUGUAUGAUAGGACGAGUGUACCGACCCUGCUGGGAAGUAUAAAUGUUUCCCUGGAGCUGCCGUCCUGCACUCAAUGUGCUGUAAAGAAUUUCUUCCUUAUAUAUGUGCGUGUGUUACUCAGAAAUGCAUUUCCUUGUAGAAAAUAAGAGCUCAAACAUGUAAAACAAAAUAAAAAGUUUAUUAAAAGUGAAAA